ACUUUUCAAAUUCAGUUGUCAGUUGUCAGCCAAGCCGGGCGGACGUGUGUGAAUUCUAGUGAUCAGUGCGCGGAGCUUUUAAACAUGGCUCUGCUACGUAGGCUGGCAGUGAACGCUCCACGCGGAAUUCGAGUGCUUUCUACAUCAUCCCAAGGCAAAGACGACCUAGAUCUAACAUUCAGCAGCCCGAAAGACGCGUUCAAAAGUAAAAAGACCAGUGAACUGAUCCGGGCAUAUUUCGUCUACCAAAUAUGCUCCAUCAAUUGGAUCGUCGAAAACAACGACAUGUUGAUGAAACGUCUUCGUCAAGUCGUUGGUCAGCGGUUGUUCGAGAUGAUCAUGAAGGCCACUUUCUACGGGCAGUUUGUUGCCGGCGAAGAUCAGAACAAGAUUCGACCCACAAUCGAAAGGUUGCGUUCAUUUGGUGUGAAGUCGAUUUUGGAUUAUUCGGUUGAAGAGGACCUGUCUCAGGAAGAGGCUGAGAAGCGCGAAGUAAGCGCCUCCAUCUCUGUUUGCGGUGACACCGAAGAGGAAGGUCAGCUGAAGCAGUACCACGUGGAACAGCGUUUUGCUGACCGUCGUUACAAGGUGACCAGCGCGAGGACCUACUUCUACCUCAAUGAAGCCUCCUGCGAGAAGAACAUGGAGGCUUUCCUUAAGAGUAUCGACGCUGUUGCUGGUAUCACAGAGAGCACGGGUUUGAUGGCUGUAAAACUGACAGCUCUUGGAAGACCACAAUUACUUCUCCAAUUGUCCGAGGUGAUUAUGCGUGCGCGUAACUACAUGCAGCAGAUAGCGGGUGGCACAGGCAACGUGCUGACACAUCACAAGACAAUAGAGGACUUCCAGAGGUACCUCGGAGAGCACUCCAGCAAACCGGAGGUUCAGGACUUCAUGAAGAAGAUCACCUCGGAUAAGGAGGGCAUCGUUCACUUGUUCCCCUGGUCCAACAUCCUCGACAAGGACAUGAAUUUAUCGGACUCCUUCCGGGUGCCCGACCCCAAGACCGGACAGAUGCGGCGUCUCAUCUCGCAGAUCUCGCCCAAAGAGGAGGAAAUGUUCAGGAACAUGCUCAGGAGAAUCAACCACAUCAUCCAGGUUGCUGCUGAAGCAGAUGUGAGGAUAAUGAUAGAUGCCGAGCAGACAUACUUCCAACCUGCCAUUUCCCGAAUCUGCUUGGAAAUGAUGAGACGCUAUAACAAGGGAAGAUUUGUGGUGUUCAACACUUACCAGACGUACCUGAAGAACACCUACAAUGAGAUCGUGACUGACCUGGAGCAGGCAGAGCGUCAGAACUUCUUCUGGGGGGCCAAAUUGGUGCGCGGUGCUUAUAUUGAACAGGAGCGAGCCCGUGCGGCGGCCAUGGGCUAUGAAGACCCGAGUUGCGAGAGCGUGGAGGCCACCACCGCCUCCUUUCACAAGUGCCUCAAAGAAAUACUUGGCAGGGUCAAGGGUGACCGCCAACAAAAUCUGGGUAUAAUGGUGGCCUCCCACAACGAAGACACAAUCCGAUACGCCAUCCAACUGAUGAGGGACUACAAUAUCCAGCCUGAUGAGAAGGUCGUGUGCUUUGGACAACUUCUGGGCAUGUGCGACCACAUCACCUUCCCACUUGGUCAAGCCGGCUACUCGGCCUACAAGUACGUCCCGUACGGCCCAGUGCUGGAGGUGUUGCCAUAUCUAUCGCGACGUGCGAACGAGAACCGCGGCUUCCUCGUUAAAAUCAAGAAGGAGAAGGGUCUCUUGCUCAAGGAAAUUUGCCGUCGGAUCCUCACCGGCAAGGCCUUCUACAAACCUGUCGGUAAUUACACGCCCGUGUAGGCCAAGCCUGAUCUCUAGGAGUUUCAAUUUUACCGCUUUCGCUUUCGUUUACAGCCAUCUACAGUCGUAAAUGACAGGGGUUAAGCCAAUAGAAGUUAGCUAUAGACUGACAGGUGUCAAAACCGGUGUAAGAUUGGCAACAACUACUAAAGUGUCAACGUCAUAGUUUAGAGAACGUCAGUUUGACAGUUUGCCUUUUCUAUUGGUUUAAGUUCUGAUGGUCUUUUGAAUAUUCAGAACUGCAUUCGUAGAUUGAGCUUCGUCCACACGUUUUAGGAAUUGAGAUAUAGUCUCAUGUGUACGGGGCUUUAGGAAUUGCUCCAGGGAAUGUGGAAAGCUAGUGGAAUCUUUUUGGAAUUGUUUUUAUGUACAUAUUAUUGCCGAUUUUUCUUCAAAUUGAGCUAGUAUUACGCGAAUGUAUUAAUUCAACUUUUUUAUACAAAAAAUAUUUUGUGUGCUGUCGAUCUGUUGCAUUUAUGCAACAUUGUAGAUAUUUUUAAUUAAACUGAACUAUCACAAUUUUCAUUUUCAAUUUAUUGUACACGUAUUUUUUAAUUUAUUUAAUUUUUAAAUUGUAGUAUUGUUAUGUAUAUUUUGAUUUUUUAUUUUGGAAUUUAUUUAGUUAUUUUCGAUAUUGAUUUGUGUAUUGCCAACAUAAAAUACGUAAUAAAGAAAUCUUAGUGAAUUUUAUAACAGCAAUUUCUUAAUAAAAACUCCUGGGAUGUCUGUAUUAUAAUGAAAUAAAGAUCUUAAAAUUACAAUGAGAUUAAUAACUAGUAUUAUAUCAACAAGAUGGCGGGCUAUAAACAAAAUGGCGCCAAGUAUCAUACGGGACUUAAUGAGUGCAUUUCCGUGUUCUAAGUCUUAAUUUAUUCAUGUAAGCUAGAAUGUGUUUUGUGCUAUUGUUACUUUACUGUUAUGUCGGGCAAUAAAAUGCUCAAUUUUUUAAAGCCCGACUGUUAGGUAUAAUUUCGGUACUGCACCCUAGAAUGUAACGUAAACUAAAAUUAUUAUCUGUGCUACGAAGUUGUUACUAGAUGGGAACAAAGUUUCUCAUCUGUGACCGUACUUUUGUGACAGAUAGAAGAUUUUCACAUUAACAAAAAACCCGUUAAACCGUUACACAAUUAAUUUAUGUUCGUAAGUUUUUGUUGCAUUAUUUGCAUACAAAUUUGGCUUAGGCGCAACAAAAGUUUAUUCUCGAACUGAAGGUGUAGUCAAGUAUGGUAUUAUUUGUCUAUGAAUAGUUUUCGUUAUCUGCAUCAUAACUAUAGACAAUUUAAUACUGGAACACUAUGCCUAAAUUCAGUAUGAGCACUGGCGAGUUUAAACCCCUUUUAUGCAGUACCGAAGAAUAAGUUCCUAUUAUAAAAAAUAGGCCGAUAACGCAAAUAAUCGUAAUGUAUGUAUUUAGUUUUAUUAAUUUAUUUUAUCUUCAUAAAGUGACCGGUAAAUAGUAUACAUAAAUUUUAGUUUAAUUCCAAUUUUGUUUUUAAUUUAAGCUGUUUGCGAUACGUUGUGAUGCUAAUUUAGAUUUUAUGAAUAGACAAUUAAUAAAGACAAAUGUUGUAUAUUUUUUUGUUUUUAUUUCCUUUUUGUUGGCAAUAAUGUGUACUGUUUGACACAUAAAAAGUAUUUACGUCAAGGCUACAGUGACCUAAUUCCAGAAUAAGGAUCUCUUAAUGUGUCAGAACACCCAUAGAACAUUGUCAAUGUUUAAAUUAUAAUAAAUCUAGUUAUUGUUAAAGUUUACAAGAUGUAGGCAAAACAUUCGGUUUUUAACAGGCCGUGGUUACAUCAUUUGUGAGCUCUUUGAACGUGUGCCCUUAGAGAAAACACUUUGCGAUAGGCAUAUUGCUAUCGUAACACAAAAUUGUCUCCAUUACGAAAUACAUACAAAUACGAUUAAGGUUGGGCUGCGUCUGUCGCAAAGUCUGUAGAAACCCCUUAAACAUUUAUUUGCGAUAGUUUUACUAAGUUGACUAAGCUGUCAACUAUCAAAUGGAUAAUCAUAUCUGACAAUGUACUAUUUAAAAAGGGAACUACGAUUCUGACCUAAUGUUAAGAGCUUCUGCUAUAAAAAAAAAACUUAAUACAUUUCUGACAGUGUUUUUUGUCAAUUAACUGAAGUCACGGCCUGGCGCUUGUUUUAAGGUGUGUCGUAGCUUAGUCCAUGCUUGUUAAGACUAUGACUUGAGGUGGUAUAGAUGUUAAACUAUGUAGGCAGACAAUAAUGUUCAUUAUUAUUGAUGUAUUUUACGGCAACAAUAGUUACGCGUGACGUUUGCGAGGCCGAUUGUGUUUUGUUUGUAAAUCUUCACUCUUCGAAACAAAUGAAAAUCGCAUUCCUUGAUUAUGAUUGGUCUACGUCAUCUCUAGACCAAUCACAGUCCAGCGACAUUAUUCGUUUCGUACUUCAAUAGUGUAUUCUGAAGCCGAUGUUUGGGAAUUAUAGAUUUUGGUCACGCGAUCACAUUAUCACUUAAGAUUAAUAAUGAAUUUUGUUAGUUUUCCAUAAUCUAUAAAUCGUGGUUUCUUUAUAAAAGCGACAUAUGAACAGCUAAUUGUUAAAAUAUCAUGUAUACCUGCUGAUAUCGGACUGUGAUCGCCAAUCUAAAUGCUUUAAAGCAGUGUUUCCCAAGGUGGGGCCCGCGUGGGACCCGCACCCCGCGGUAAUUCGGAUAAAAAUAUUUUGAAAAUUUGUGUAAUGUAAAUAUUAUUUUAUUAUUAUUUCGUCAACAUGUGAUUUCUUUUUUAUCAUUUAAGUUAAUUAAGGAAACAAUUCAAUGAUUAAUUUGAAGAAUUAUGUAUGUUAAAUAGCUGGAGUCAUAAGAAUUUUUGAUUUUUGUAUUUUCUAAGGUGGUGCCAAGAAAAUCAGUUUUUUUACCAAAAAAGUUUGGGACACAACACUUCUUUAAAGAGACUGCUCAUAUUCAACUUCAUUAUUUCUAAUUGGUAGACAGCAAGUCGACUUGCUUCAAUCAAUAAAACAGACGCAGAAAUGACAUUCAAGUCACGAGAAAAUCUCUUAAACUAAUCUUAUUUAUGUGCUAAAGACGCUAAAACAAAUUCAUCUCAAAAAAAAUUCGUAGACAUAAUGUACAACUGUUUUACAAAAAACUGUCCUUUUUUGCCUUACAUGACAUUUACCUUAAUGCCACGAUAUAUAAGAGAACGAAGAACGAAUCAAGCAAGUCUUUAUUGCUGUAGGAAUACUUUUGGUAGACAUUUCUAAGUAUUACUUAGGGCCCUUCAAGAAAAUAGCGUGCCAAUUCUUAAAGGACCUCUGGCAUUGAGAGUGUCCAUGGGCGGCGGUAUCACUGAACAUCAGGUGAGCCUCCUGCCCGUUUGCCCCCUGUUCUAUAAAAAAAAAAAACAAACUGAAAAUUAUAGACAAAUCAGAAUCGGCCGGUAUCAAUCUUAAAAUGUAUUCCAAAAAAGUGAAGCGUAACUUUAUUGCCGUAUAUUUUGAACUAUAUAUCAUAUGUAUAUUAUAAGUCCCAGGUAGCGUUUUUGAAUGGUUUUUACACAGAUAUGACACUGAUGUGGUUCUACUGGCAUGUAAUAAUUUUAAGGUUUUUUUUUCUAUUUGUUAUUAGUAAUGAUUGUUACUUAGGUUUAAUAGUAUAAAUGAAAAUCUGGAUGUUUGAUUUAUUCUUAAAAACAUUGGUCCUUCGAACCGGAUUGAAACGAAAUUUAAUACUAAGUAUAUUCUAGUCAAGACAAGUCCUUAACUGUCAAAGCCAGUAGUGCCAUUGUUCAAGAUUUAAUAAUGUUGACAAGAUGGGGCUGUAUUAUAUGAAUAAAAUUGUAUUAAUGUUGA